AUGUUUUGGCUACAACCAUCUGGAAAUGAUUGCAAAGACAAGAUGGCCAGUACCUUAGAAGACCCACAGUCAAUUGACAAUCUUACGAUUCUCGAUCAAGAAAUGGAUGGAGCAGUUGCUAAGUGGCUUCACUACUUGAAACUACACAAAUACCAAUGGUUCUUCAACAGCCUCAGUUAUCUGGAAAUUGAAUUCAUUGAUGAGGACAAUAUUGAUGAUUUCAUAGCUAAAGUUAACAAAAAUUCCAUUACAAGAGGUGCUCAAAAAAAGAUAUGCUUGUCAACAAAGACGUUGAGGGAUCGUUCACAAAAGUUGAACAACUUAUUAUUGGCUUUGGAUUUGGAAGUUACUCCUAAUGAACUGUGUGAAUUCAUGUCGUAUAUGCGAGACAUAUUGCAUUAUCCCAUCCCGAACAAGAAUUGUGUGGUUGGCGACCAACUACAACAAGACAUAGUCCUUGUCAUGGAGAAACUGCUAAAUCAACUGCUUGAGAAACUUGGUAAGAUUCGUUCUUUAGCUGCCCAGAGUCUACUUGGAAUGUCGAUCAAUAAGUACUUAGAAUGCACCUUAUUAAUACUCGGUAAUCAAACAUUCAUGGAACAGCAAAUUGACAAAACAUCAAUGUUUGCUGAAACUUUGAGAUGUAGAGUCCAUAGAAUUCCUAGAAACUUUAACUAA